AUGCUUAACAGGGUGGAUCGUAAGAAUCCUGUUUUAGUUGCGUAUCUGAAAACAAUCGAUUCAUCAAUUCCAACGGGAAUUUUGUUGCCACGGGAAGAAAAGAAAUCGAAAAAUUCAAAGAAGGUUGUUCCGACUUCACUUGAACCAAAGAAAAAGGGUUCAAAAACCUCUAAGUCUUUAAAGAAGCAAACUGAAAAUGUUGAAGUGACAAAUGAUGAAACAAAUGUGGUUGAGCCAAUGGUGGACGAAACUCAAGAGAAUGUUAUUAUUCCUUCGAAAACUGGGAUGUUUAGAAGAAUCAAGAUGAAGUCUACUCACAAACGAAAGUCAUCAUCACAGAAGCUGGUUCGCAAACCUCAAAUUACUCAGCAAGGGGUUUUAAUUCAUGAUGUACCUGACCCUGUUUCUCCUGGUUCCAAGAAACCAGUAGCAGAAGAUAUGGAAAAACACUUUUCACAACCGAAGAAGAAGAAAAUAAAGAAGAUUCGCAAGCUUGUUUUAUCUACUGAGUCUACAGACGAAGAUGAACGAAUACCAGAAACUAGAGAUUUCACUCCUAUCAUUACAAGUUCCAUUCCUGAGCAGAAUGUUAUCAUAUCACUUGGAGUUUCGAUUGCCAAGUCAAUUUUUGAGGAGGUUUGA